UCAAUCCGAUCUCACUUGCUAGAGAGCGUGGGUUAGCCCUGGCCCGCAAUUCCCACGGGGGAGGUGGGAGCUCCGGAAAGCCCACUUCCAAUAAUUUGGCGUCGCGGGACUCGGGAGCCAUGUUCCGUUCCCACUAGGGUUCCUCUUUUCCGCUGCUCCAGGUCUUCGACUUCGCUCUCGCUGAAUUGCUUCUCUGUUAUGCACUUAAACAAGCGGGUUUAUUUUGGCCUUCAGCUUGGUAUCUGAUUUUUGCAAGGAAUUCUUUUCAUCAGUGUUGCAUCUACUGAGCAUCAUCCUCUUGCUUAUCAUGUUGCGAUACUUUCUCCUGCCUGUCUCUAUUAUUACUACUAUUGUUGUCAUCCCGUAACGAAAAUCUUUCACAUUGAAACUCCUUUGAGCCAUACCAUGGCUUGCAUUGAGUUUAGAUUCUUACUCUGCAACUCCUGUUGGCCUUUCUAUUUUUUUCCUCCUUCUGCAACUAUCUUCUUCCUCUUGCAAAUGCUUCCGGCACCUGUGCUUCAUUCACAGUUGCCUUGCAAGCUUCUUUUAGAUACAUAAGAUGCCGAGGACAAGAGCAAGUGCUGCAGCUGCUAAGCCAGCUGAGCCUGUAAAGCCACUGGAGCUGGAACAGCAGGUUGAUCUUGAUGAACCUGAGGAUAUGAUGGAAGAAAAGGUUGAGUAUGAAGAAGUUGAGGAGGAAGUUGAGGAAGUGGAAGAGGAAGAAGAGGAAGUGGUAGAGGAGGAGGUGGAGGAGGAAGUGGAGGAAGAGGACCCUGAAGAGGAGGAAGAAGAGAAUGCAACUGCUAAUGAAACUGAUGCAGAUGCUUCUGGUGGUGCUGGUGAUGCUAUAAAAGUUGAUGCGAUGAAAGAUGAUGAGAGGGAUGAGGAUGAAAGUGGAAAACAUGCUGAACUCCUUGCACUUCCUCCUCAUGGGUCUGAGGUUUAUGUUGGUGGCAUACCUCAUGAUGCAUCAGAAGAAGAUUUGAGAAGCUUCUGUGAGUCAGUAGGAGAGGUUACCGAGGUCAGGGUUAUGAAAGGCAAGGAUUCAUCAGAGAAUAAAGGUUAUGCCUUCGUUACUUUCAGAACCAAAGAAUUGGCUACAAAGGCUAUUGAAGAUCUGAAUAAUAUUGAAUUUAAGGGGAAGCAGGUAAGGUGCUCGACAUCUCAAGCAAAAAAUCGAUUAUUCAUUGGUAACAUUCCUAGAAACUGGGUGGAGGAUGAUUUGAGGAUGGCUGUGAUGAAUGUUGGCCCAGGGGUCACUACUGUAGACCUGAUGAAGGAUCCACAAAAUUCUAGCCGUAAUCGUGGUUUUGCAUUCAUUGAGUACUACAACCAUGCAUGUGCGGAAUAUUCAAGAAAAAAGAUGUCCACCCCAAAAUUCAAGCUUGAUUCCAAUGCCCCUACAGUGAGCUGGGCUGACCCUAGGAGUGGGGAUCCCUCUUCUAGUUCUCAGGUAAAGGCAGUUUAUGUAAAGAAUUUGCCAAAAAAUGUCAGCCAAGAUCAGUUGAAAAAGCUCUUUGAACACCAUGGUGAAAUUACAAAGGUGGUUCUGCCGCCUGCAAAGUCUGGACAGGAGAAGAGGUUUGGUUUUGUGCAUUUUAAAGAGCGGUCAAUGGCCAUGAAGGCUCUUAAGAACACUGAAAGAUAUGAACUUGAUGGUGAUGUUCUUGAGUGCUCUCUAGCAAAGCCUCCAGCUGAUAAGAAAGGUGAAACAGCGUCCAAUGCUCAAAAAGGUCCUCUGUUGCCAAAUUAUCUUCCUCGCAUGGGAUACGGUGUAAUGGGACCUUAUGGUGCUUUAGCACCUGGUUUUGCACAGCCAAUGAUCUAUGGAAGGGGGCAGACCCCUGCUGGCAUGGCUAUGGUGCCAAUGAUAUUACCUGAUGGGCGCCUUGGAUAUGUAUUGCCAUGUAUCUUGCAGGCAACAACCCGGAGCAGCUGUAACCGCACCUCAGCAAGGUGGUAAUCGGAGUGCCAGCUCCAGUGGGGGUCGGAAAAGCAACGACAAUAACCGCGGGCGCAGGUUCCGCCCUUACUGACGUACCUUGCCAAUUCUUCGCGGGUGCGAUCGCUUUACGCACAACAUGGGUCGUCGUCGUCAGAAUAACAAUCAGCUUAGAAUUUUUUUUACCAGCUUGAGAUAUGUACUUUAGUUUUGGACAGUUCGUUAUUUUGUAAGGCUAGCAAAACCAUGGGGGAUAUCACACGUCUAAACAUCGUUGUGUAUUUGUAGCUGACUUCAGCACGUAACAUUUCAAUUUCUAGCCAAUUAGUGUCAUAUGGAUGACGCUUCCAGGGACUUGCCGUCCAUG